AUGGGGACAGCAGAUUGUCAAAACCCUUAUUAUUCGGCCAACACAAUCGCAUCUGCUGAACUAGAUUUUCCCGACAAAAAUCAACCUGAUGAAGCAGCUGCUUCCAAUUUGGUUGCUAAAGUUUUACGUUUUGGAUCCAGUCUAUGGAGGUUCAUAAGGCCCUAUUCAAUGACUCAACCAUUUACAGCGUCCAUAUGUCUAUUUGCAAGAGUAUUGGUUGAGAACAGACAGUUGUUUCAAUGGUCCCUGCUGUUUAAGGCAUUCUUGGGCCUAAUUAGUGUUGUUCUUGCAUUCGUUUAUUUGAAUGGCAUUAAUCAAAUUUUUGACGUCGAAAUUGAUAGGAUAAACAAACCUUAUUUACCCUUACCAGCAGGGGAUUUUUCUCUAAAACAAGCAUGGUCUGUGACGAUAUUUUCUGUGAUAUUUUCUGUAUCUACUGGCCUAUUGAUUUUGCGGUUGAUGAACGCCGACCUAAUCACUACUUGUCUCUAUGGUGUUUGGGUUUUAGCGGCGACUUUAUAUUCUGUUCCUCCAUUUAGAGUGAAGAGAGAUCCUGUUUUAACAGCUAUUUUGCUUUCUUUGUCGAGUAUUUGUAACUAUAUUGGUGUACUCUACGCCACCAUAACUUCUCUUGGGCUUCCAUUCCAGUGGAGCCCCCCAAACGUUUUCAUCGUUACCUAUUCUACUUUGUUUUUGUCUGUAAUUUUUCUCAUAAAAGAUAUCCCAGACAUUGAAGGUGACACGAAGUAUAACAUUCGAACAUUUGCGGCGCAAUUCGGACCUAAAAAAAUUGCAUUUCUUGGAACGAGCAUUAUACUGCUAACUUAUGCUGGUGCUAUAGUAGCUGCCAUUUACAUGCCUCAGGCUUUCAAGUCUUACAUAAUGUUGCCUGCUCAUUCAAUCUUUGCCUUAUGGUUACUUUUUGAGGCGAGAAAGUUGGAAAAAGCAAAUUAUGUCAUGGAAGCAAGCACAAAUUUUUAUCAAUUCCUUUGGAAGCUUCUGAUGUUAGAACUUCUCUUGUUUCCUUUCAUAUAG